AUGAGAUUGUUGAGCGUUUUUCUACUUUUUCUUGCGGCUGAUGCAAAGAGAAAGAAACGAGGAAGAGUCAGGGGAGGAACGAAAGUUCGCAGUGCAACCAAAUAUCCCUCUUAUGUCGCGAUGUUGCGGUUUAAUCAGCAUUACUGCGGCGGAUCGAUUCUGGACGAAACAACAAUCCUAACCGCUGCUCACUGCAAACCCCGAACUAGUGAUCUCGUCGCCUUUGGAACGAACAAGCGAGCGGAGCACCUUUCAAGCAGCGAAAAACGCACCAACACGGUCGGAAUCAAAAGCGUCAAACUGCUCGGCAGGAAGCUCACGGGCAGCUCGCACAGCAAAUGGGACGAGAAGAUUUGGGACAAUGACUGGGCAAUCGUCAAGUUGGCGAAACCGAUUCCCCUUGGAAGAACUGCUGCGAAGGCCGAGCUUGCUACUUGGAAAGAAUUCGAGGAAAAUUUAUUGAACGGAUCAAAUAAUAAAUGCACAAUUAUUGGCAACGGCAUAACAGAUGUCAAAGGUCAAUUUUCAGAGGUUCUCAAAGAAGGAACAGUGACCUUCGUCUCCGAGAGUCCAAAAACAUCCGGCUUCCGAACAAUUUGGAACUGCAACAAGAGAUCCGGCAAAAACUGUCUGCUCUUCAGAAACAGCAACAGGGCAAUCGUCGGUGCGGGCGACUCCGGUGGGCCGAUUUUCUGCAAGGGCGAGGGUGGCAAAAUGAAAACGUAUGGAGUUGCUUCCUGGGCUUCGAAAGAUGGCAAGUCAGAUGAUAAUACCUUGACGAUGGGAUUUGCGCCUGUUUUUUCACCAGAUGCUCAGAAACACUUUGGCCAGUGGAAUCCCCAAAAUAGGCCGCCAAAUGCCAGCACUUUCAAGGGUUUUGACGAGUUGAUGAAUCACAUGUUUUUUCCGGAGAAAAUGGGCCCUUUCCCUCAGUGGGCCAAAGUUUCUGGAUCCUCUUCGCGAACGAAAUCCUCCUCCUCAUCAUCAUCAAGAUCGUCCUAUUCAUCAGGCGGUAGAUCAUCGUCAUCAGGUUAUUCUCGUGGAUCUUAUGGCAAUCAAAGAAGCUCUGGGUCAUUAACUGGGUCUUCCUACAAAAGACCAAAUUCGAGCUCACAAGCUUCAUCUAGAGGAAACUCGCCCGAAUGCACCUGCCCCCAAGAAAACAAACCGUCUCAGGCUCCCCAGCGAAAGCAAUACAGACAGCCUUCAUAUGCUAGAAAUUCCCCUUCUCGAUCGUCGUAUUCCGGCUCUUCUUCGUCGAACAACAGAUAUCCCUCGAGAAAGCCCAUGUAUAAUUCUCGCAAUUCUGCUUAUGCUGGCAAUUCCCGAUCGUAUAAUUCUGGCUCUGGCUCCCGAAAUUUUGGCAACUCUGGAUCACGUUCGAACUCUCGGCCCAACUACGGAAAUCGAAUGAGCGGACAAUACAGAGGAUAA